CUGUCAAAAUUUUGUAUUGACCACCGCAUGCCGCGUCAUAAUAAAUUCAUUUUGUGAAUGAACACAAGUGAAAAUCGUAAUUUAGUGUGUUCGUAUUGGCGUAAUGACACGACGAGCGGACCCGGAUAGGUUCAAUGUCACAAAAGAUGCGCUGCUGGCCGGUGUUUUCUUCGCCCUACUUGUGCGUUGGUGUGUCGCCGCGUACCCCUAUUCUGGGUACAAGAAACCCCCGAUGUACGGGGACUACGAAGCGCAGAGACAUUGGCAGGAGAUCACGGUACAUACUCCUGUCAUACAAUGGUACCACAACACGACGCAGAACGACCUUGAGUACUGGGGUCUAGACUACCCCCCUUUGACGGCAUACCACAGCUUCCUGAUGGGUCUCGUUGCGGACUGGUGGGACCCCGAAUCCGUGCGCCUUUUCGCAUCGAGAGGUUAUGAAAGUGAAUCCCACAAGAUGUUCAUGAGAUGGACAGUUUUCCUCAGUGAUAUGUACUUUUUCGUGACCGCUGUGCUCUGUUUAUGUAUUGACUUGGAACGUGUGAGGUUCAGAGACGCUCAUAUACCUGUGUUCAAGAGGACUGACCUGUCUACUGUACUAAUGUUAUUGUACCCAGGCAUGAUACUGAUAGACCACGGACAUUUUCAGUACAACUGUGUGUCGCUUGGCCUGUUUCUGUGGGCUACUUUCUUUAUUGUUGCCAUUGAGAAUGAUGUUUUAGCAACUAUGAUUUUCUGUCUUGCCCUAAACUAUAAACAAAUGGAAUUGUAUCAUGCUCUGCCAUUUUUUGUUUAUUUACUCAGAAAAUGUUUUAUUGGAAUGCCUCCUAAGGGCAAAUUAGCUCAUUUUCUUUGUAAUUUCAACAAAUUAGCUAUAGCUGUAUUUACAACUUUUGUAAUUGUCUGGUAUCCCCUUUCUGGUUCCUGGCAAAAUAUUCUCCAAGUCUUGCACAGACUAUUUCCAUUGAAACGAGGAGUGUUUGAGGAUAAGGUCUCAAAUGUGUGGUGCUUUGUUAAUGUAUUUAUAAAAUUAAAGACGUUUUAUACCAAUGAGACUAUGGCACAGAUGUGCCUUUCGAUGACAGCAGUGGCAUCGCUUCCUUCAUGCGCUGACAUGUUUUUCAGAAUAAACAGAAAGAAGUUUGUUUUAUGCCUUAUCAAUGUUUCGUUAGCAUUUUUCCUAUUUUCUUUUCAAGUUCAUGAAAAGUCUAUAUUACUAGUGGCCAUUCCGGUUGCGUUGCAUCUACCAGAUGACCCAUUCAUGAGUUUCUGGUUCUUGCUAGUCUCUAAUUUCAGUAUGCUGCCAUUGUUGAUCAAAGAUGGCUUGAUAAUUCCUUUUGUUGGACUUAAUGUAAUUUACAUUAGUUUCUUUACUAUCUGCCUGAGGCUUGCUCGGCUGAACGCUGGGGUUUUCUCCUUCAUGAAUGCCAGUUUGGUGUACCAGACAAUUUCCCAAAAAAGGGAGAGCUCAGUAUUUAUGAAGCUCCUUAGCACUGCCUUUUUCUUUUCACUCCUAGGUAUGUUCUGGCUGACUAUUGGCUCAGUCUGUGUCGAGCCGCCACCGCAAUACCCAGACCUGUUCCCACUGUUAGUUUCUAUGUACUCAUGCUGCCAUUAUGUUAUGUUUUUCAUAUAUUUCAACUACCAACAAAUUUCAAUACCAUUUUAUUUGCCAAAGCCAAAAGUAAAAUUGAACUAGUCUGUACGAACAAAGUAGAAUUUGCAUUUUAGAUUGUAACAUUUCUACAUUCCUAAUAAAUUGUAUUUUUAGAUUUUAAA